UGUGAGUGCAUUGAGUGUGUCGUCAAUUGAGUCGAUCAUCAGUUGAUUGAAUUGGUGUUAAUGUUAAGCAAAGUGUAUAACACUAUUGACUGACUGUUUGAUUGAAUGCUUAAUAUUAAAGUGUAAUUGUAGGCUAUUUAGUAGUGCCUGUGAUCGGACCAGAAGUGUACCACAAGUGUCGGUACAGCAUAUCAUCAAAAUGAUCGCAAAAAGUCUUAAGAAAGUCAAUGAAGUGAACCUUAAGAAAAAAAAGAGAAAAAAGAAGACUAAAAAACCUAUUAUUAAAAGUGGAAGAACUUCAAGAAGUGGGACAUCAUCUUCUGCAACAAAAUCUACAAAACUAACAAAAAUCGGUACAAAAGGUGAUUCAAAAGAGUCGUUUAAAAAGUCAAUUAAAAACAAAGUUUUGCCAAAGAGUAAAGGUUUGCAUUUUUCUGAAAGUGACAAAAAAGUCCAAAAAAGUAAUAAUAAUAAUAAUAAAUCAAACAAACCAUCGAAUAUCAAGAAGAAUAUCAAAGAAAUUGUGAAAAAAGUAAAAACUAAGACAAACAAGAAGUGCCAUCAAUUGAAAGAUGUGGUCAAACGAGAGUUAAGAAAUAAUUGUAAAAUAAAUAGUGAAAUACAUGAGCUUAUUGUUAAAGAUAUUAAGUAUAACAACAAUAACAAUAAGACUAAUAAAACUAUUAAUAAAUUAAAGCAAACUUCACAACCAAUUGUGACAAAUAAAGACAACGACAGACAUCACAUCAAGAAAUCACCGAAAGUUAAUCACAGACCUAAUUUGUGUUCAAAAUUAUUGGCAUCAUUUAAUUGCAUCAAUUCAUCAAAUAAUAAAAAUCAUUGUAAUAGUAGUCAAACUAAUCAUACAAAUAGUGUAAGUGUUAACAACAAAACUCGUGAAAAACAACUAAAAAGUAGUUUAAGACAAAACCAAUUAAAAAACAACAUUAAAAGUGAAAACAAAACAACGAAACAACAAAAAGAAAAAUUGCCAAAAAAGUCACCAAAAAAUAAAGAAAUGAAAAAUAAAAUAAAAUCAAAUCAAAUUGGAAAUAAAACAACAAAAAUAUUAGACAACAAAACUAAAUUAAAAGACAAACAAAAAGAUAAAAAAAUGAAGAAAGAAAAAUGUAAAAAUAAUAACAAAUAUAAGAAAAAUAACAAAUCGAUUAACAAAAUAAAUAAUAAGAAGAUUUCAAAAAGUGAUGAAAAAGUUGUUAAAAAUACUGAAUUUGUUGGAAGAAGUCAGCGAUUGGCGAGUCUUAACGCUAUCGCAAAAGUGAGGCUUUUAUGCGAAAAUGAAUCGGAAAGAAAUGAUUCAAACGAUUCUAAAUAUUUACCAUCAAUUGUAUCAAUAAAAAAGGAUUUAUUCAAAGAUGAGAAAAAUAAAACUAAUAAACAUAAGAAACGAGAGAAUACUUGCAGAGCUAUAGUGCCGGUCGACAACUCAAGAAAACAGGUGGCCAUCAAAAAACGUAAGGCUAUUGAUGACAGUAUUGAAAUAAUCGAUACCCGAUCGUGUAAACGGAUGGCCAGUCUUAAUGCUUCGGCAAUAAUGACUGCUAGUUAUUCACCCGAAAGGUAUAGAAGAGGCAAAUCAAUUGAAUCAAAUCAUAGCAAUGGUUCAGUUGAGAUGAUUCACCAGACAAUUAGUCAAACUGUCUCCCGAUUUGAGAUCAAUCCGGGUGUCAAUGGCAUCAAUGGUCUUCAUGUUAAUCAUGUGUCACAACAAAAUAGUGUGAUUCUUAAGUCUCAAAAACAUGAGACGAUUGAAACAAUGAAACAAUUGAAAGUAAGCAACAAAAUCAAAGACAGACUUUUAGGUAUUGCAAAACUUGAGAGACAAGAACAGAGAGCACAACAAAAAAGAUUAAACAAAUCACAAACAAUUGGUAUAACCGAUCAAAAUGUUGUUUCGGGAACUGAGUUUCAAGCGACUAAAGUUCAGGUGACAAAAGUAACUCAAAUCAACACAUCUCAGGGAAGUAAAGACAAGAAAUCUGGUCAUCAAAUUGAAUCUAUACUUGAAAGAGACUCAUCAGUUGUCCACAAAUAUCAGGUUCAGACAAAAUCAACAAUUGAAAUGCAAACCACAUUUAAUACAACCAAUGGUCCAUCGAUAACCAAUGUCAAGACAAUAACAGCACCACAAAUGACCACAACUGGUACUGCGACCCGAAUGAGUGUUCCGAUAAACGGUGCGCCGACGGCACAAACAUUUGUUCCAUCUUUGUUGUCAACUCCUAGUUUAGGUCCUCCAACUUAUUUUAAUUUUGCGACCACUACUCCCCUAUUACAAGUGCAUAACAAUCAAUAUCAAACAAUGACAUCUCCAUCUGCUAACAUAAACCCGAUGCCAAUAAUAAACUUAUCGGAACCGUUUGCAGCACAUUAUGGCAGUGCCUUUUCGGUGCCUCACUUCGCUACGCACAGUCAUCCACACCCACAACAAUUAGCAGCUUUCAACUAUUUUAACGGUGGUCUCUAUCAACCGGCUGGUCCUUUAUUACAGCCCUUUCAAGACCCAUGUCUUAUCCAUAAACCGAUACCAUUUCACCCACCGGUAUCUCAGAUGAAUCACUUGCAUACAAGUCCUCAAUUCGCAAACUCUACUCUUUCGGGUCAAAAUAGUCAGACAUUCCAGAAUGAGUUAACCCAAGCAUUCCAUUCGAGCGGUCAAUACUUCCAUCCGAUACCAACUCCGCUAAGACCUUCUGGUGCUGUCUUUUUUCAAGCAAUGCCUCAACUGAGUGGUUCGUUACCACAAAAUGCCACUACUUUUACUUUCUUGAAUCCAGGCGUUCAUUACACUCAUCCAACGUUUACUAAUAACAGUCAAUUGUCAACAAAUGACACCUCAAAUAUGGCAAAUGAUAUGAAUUAUUUGAAUAUCAAUAUGAAGGACACAUCAACUCCUUCAGCAACACAGACAUUAACUGAUGAUAACUUUCGACAAUUAUCUAAAAGUACUGGAAUUCAGUGUUCGCCUCAAAGUAGUGACAAAUUGGAAAACUCUUGCAUUCAAAAGCAAACGUGUGAUUCAACCAACACUUCAUUACGAUCGUCACAAAGCAUUACAACUACAUCAAUGGCUUCUUCUGGAGCUCAGACUUGUUCUAAUAAAAGGACCAAUAAGUUGGACCAUAAAACUGACAAACGAAAGAAGUCUUCUAUGCUUUUAAAGCAUAAUUCCGAUCCCAAUAGUAAUAAUAAUAAUAAUAAUAACAACAAUCAAGUGUCUGUUCGCGACAAUAACACACAGACAUUAUUGUCUGAACCUGAAGAACAAGUGUCUAUUAUUACAAGUGUAAAGUCAACGAAUGUCUCAAUUAAUAAUAAUAACCAAUUAGAUGGACAGCAAAAAAACUUCAAAACAAUAUGCGUUCAAAUAAAUACUUCAUUGCCAUCAGUGUCUAUACCAUCAGUGCCCUCAAAGUUAUCAAUGCCUUCCCCAUCAAAUCGAUUGAUGCCUUUGAAGAGACCAAUAAGGAAGCGAUACAGUCAUGGCUGGUCGUGGGAGGGAAAGCCUAUCGAUAAAUAUGUUUAUUUAAACAACGAAGAGCAGUCAUAUCUUCGAAAGUGUUUUCCAGCUAUUCGUCACAAUGAGGGCGAUAUUAUCAAAGUCCGUGACUGUGUUUUACUUCGAAGUGGUCCACGAAAGACGGAUUUGCCAUUUGUAGCCAAAAUUGCUGCUCUUUGGGAAACACCAGACGGUGAAAUGAUGAUGAGUUUGUUGUGGUACUAUCGUCCGGAGCACACGGAUCUCGAAUAUUACUGCAAUCAGCCGGUGUCCGAAAUAUUUGCAUCGAAGCACAGGGAUGUCAAUAGUGUCGCCUGUAUUGAUGACAAGUGUUACGUUUUAACAUACAAUGAAUUUUGUCGAUAUAAACGAUUAAAAUUUUUGAAACAGUCGUCACUUUCCACAUGUCUUACCUCUUCUACUGUUCCUUCAAUGGAUGACUCCUAUCCACGAAUGGAUCGCUUGCCUCCGAACCGUGUUUUUCAAGAAUUAGUGUUUUGCUGUCGAAAAGUCUAUGAUUACCGACAAAAACGAAUCCUUAAAAAUCCUAUUUAAUUACUGAAUUUAAU